CAGGUAAAAUUUAUCCAUCCAUCAUUUCCGCCAUUUAAAAACUUUAUUCAGUCGUACCUUUGCAGAAUUUGGCAAUCUCUGCUCUGGGACUUCAACUGGACAGUCAGUAGAGCAGUACAAGACUUCAAGAGCACAGUAAGACAGUGUCGGUGGGACAAAGAAGACGUCGUCAGGACUGUGGGACGGGCAGCAGGAAGUAUAGUGAGACAACAACCGCGAGCUGCUCGCGGACACAGGCGGUUUUGAGCGCAUGCGUCGCACAUUCUUGCCGCGGCGCGAGAAACGGAGCUCUUCCUUGUUGCGACAUGCCGAAAUGUAGCUCCUUCGCUCCUCGUGCGCGAGCUGCGCGUCCACGAGCGACUUCUCUCCGGCGCGGACACUCGAGCCAGGGAGGGUGUACAUGUCAUGUGCCCGCUGGAUGAAUAGGACGGCUUCGCCUUGUAUCCAGAGGCCUUUCCAGCUUCUAGAAGGUUCUCCCAGCUCUGCCACACCCUGCCCUGUCCCCUAGGUGGCCCACGUGCUUCAGACACGGGUGCGAGCAUGAGGAGCUCGGCGCAGGCCGCAGAGGGCGGCUCCUCCAGGAUCAUCACCGUGGUGUUUGUGGCCCUGCUCUUGGACCUGCUUGGGUUCACACUCAUCCUGCCGCUGCUGCCUUCCAUACUGGACCACUACGGGCUGCAGGAGGACAGCAUUUAUCAGUCUCUUCAGAGCUUGGUGGACUGGUUCAGAGAAUCCAUCGGGGUUCCCAUUGAGAGGAAAUACAACAGUGUGCUUUUUGGGGGUCUGAUUGGCUCGCUCUUCUCUCUGCUGCAGUUCCUGUCCUCCCCACUCACUGGGGCUGCAUCAGAUUACUAUGGCAGGAGACCACUGCUGAUGCUGACUACGGCAGGCAUCAUGGCUUCCUAUGCACUGUGGGGUGUGUCCCGCAGCUUUGGUGUGUUUCUGCUAUCCCGGGUGGUUGGUGGAAUCUGCAAAGGGAACGUCAGCCUCUGUACAGCUGUGGUGGCUGACCUGCCCUGCCCCAAGGCCCGUGGUCGAGGCAUGGCAAUGAUUGGGGUGGCCUUCUCGCUGGGUUUCACAGUGGGCCCUAUGAUGGGUGCCUAUCUCGGCUCAAGGGCCAGCAGGGAGGUGUUCUACUUGGGCCCGGCUUCACUGGCACUGGCCUUCUCCACAGCAGACCUCCUCUUCAUCUUUGCCGUGCUUCCAGAGACGCUUCGGAAAGAGAAGAAGGUCGCCUCCAUGUCCGCUGGACUUCAGGAAUGUGUACACCUUCUCAGUCCAGUGAGCCUGUUCAACUUCUCUGCAGUAACCCAAACAGAGCAGCCACCCACUAAAGAGAACAUGCAGAACCUAAGGGUGCUUGGCUGGGUCUACUUUUCGUACCUCUUCCUUUUUUCUGGACUGGAGUACACUCUGAGCUUCCUGACUCACCAGCGUUUCCAGUUUACUGGCAUGCAACAAGGAAAGAUGUUUUUCUUCAUUGGCAUCACCAUGGCGAUAAUUCAGGGGGGAUAUGCACGCAGGAUAAAACCUGAGCGUCAGAUCAAGACUGUACAAAUGGCCAUGGUGUUACUGAUUCCAGCCUUCAUACUCAUUGGAUUGGCUUGGAAUUUGAUUAUGCUUUAUAUAGGCUUGUUUCUCUACUCAUUCGCGGCUGCAGUUGUUAUCCCCUGCCUGUCGACGCAAGUCUCUGAGCACGGUUCCUUUAGUCAGAAGGGCACAGUGAUGGGCAUCCUGCGUAGCCUUGGAGCUCUGGCACGUGCUUUUGGACCUGUUGUAGCAUCCUCAGUGUAUUGGUUGGCUGGAGCAGAGACGUGCUACAUCGUCAGCUCGGCUUUCUUCAUCGUUCCCCUGGCCCUGCUGAGGAGGCUGAUGCAGCCCAAGAAGGAAUGACAGGAGUGCGGAUGUCUCCUGGGGUACAGGGAAGGCAAACGGACAAGAUCUCAACGCUUGACAAGCCAAGGGGCCUGAGAGUGGGCAGCACUUGUCCCCAAUGUUUUCCACACUGCUUUUUGUAGAACACUUUUAUAUGUCUUUUUAUAUUUCUAGUUGCAAUUCUGAGUUUGGGAAUUUCUCAGAGAAAUGUCAUUGUAGCGGUUAUGUACAGGUGGGUCCUGUUAACUUGAUAUUAAAUACUGGUAUUUCAGCUGUAAAACAGGUCUUACAAUCAGCACUUUAAUGCAAGUUUCUGAAUGAGGAGACUUUGAAGAUGUAUUGGUCAUAAAAUG